AUGGCAACUAAAAAGAAGUCUACAACUAGUCUAAGGCAUAAUUCAAAUACAUUAGCACCAUCAAUUCAAAUUCAUCCGAUAAGCUCAAAUAAUAGUGAUGAUGAAUCAACUACUAAUAAAGUGGGUGAUAAUGCUGAUUUUGUAUCAUUUCCAACUAUAGCAGACCCAGAAAAUCAUAAUGAUAAUUCAAUAUCUGGUUUAAUUUCGAAAACUUUAAGAAAAGUCACUACAAAUGCCACUAAUUUAGUUCAAAAUUAUUCCCCUAAACAAUCAUCUAUUCAUGCUGAUGAUGAUGUGAAAUCUAAUCAUAAUAUAGACAUAACAAAUGAUUUGGAAGAAGGAGGGAAUCAUGAAUUACCUAUUCACUUAAAUGCAUCAAAGUUUGAAGGUGAUAAAAAGUCAAUUGUAUCAACAGUCAGAAGUUUAGCUAAUCAUGAUCAUGUUGAACAAAAGAAGGACUCAUUUUCUAGUCAAAAUAAGAUAGAUCCCAUUACAGAAAUUCACAAAUCAAAAAGCCUGGAACAACAACCAAAAUUAAAUCAAGAUAAUUCACUGGUUGUACUGUCAUCUAUGAGUGUGAAUAAAGUUCGAAAAUCAACAUCAGAAGAUCAACCAAAAGUUUCAUCAGAUCAUAGAUCUCUCAGAUUGUCUACAUUACAAUUUCCAAAAAUUCAAUCAUCAAUUCCAAGUGCUACAAGUUCUGUGAUUAAUGUGAAUGCACAAGCUACAGUAGAUCCAUAUGAACUGACAAGUGAAAAUUCAACUCAAAAUAAAAAGAAAACUGAACCACAAAGAGGUAAAUCUUUAACUAGCAAAAUUUCAACAAUUUUCAAUAAUCUACCGAAUGAUAUUGAACUUUCGGAUGAUUCAGCAUCAGAUCUGGACACAGUACAUCACACUAACACAGAAGCUUCAUCUCAAAUAUCCAAGGAUGAUGGUGAUUUACCUUUGAAGGGUAAUAAUACUCAUCAGCUACAAUAUGAUUUGGCAUCGCUUUAUGGUGAAUCAAUAUCUAGACCAUCACCAAUUCGAGUCAGCUCCAAGAGAAAAUCAAUAAUAUCUUCCACAUUAGGUGCAUCACCUACUGUAUCAUCUUUUCAAGCAAUUCAAGAUAAAGACCAUAAUGCAAUUAAAAAAAAAUCUUCAAAUUUUUCAACCUUAUUUUUGGAUAAUGCUAAAACCAUAAUUAAUCAAAACCUCAAUGUCGUAACAUCAUCUGCAUCAUCAAUUGUUGGAACUAGGCGAAAGAAAAAGAAACCAAAAAAGAUAUCAGCGAAUCCAUUAAAAAAUGGUGGAAUACCCAAGAAAUAUUGGAUGAAUGAUACAUUUGUUUCAGAUUGUUUAAAUUGUUUUAAACCUUUUACUGCAUUUAGAAGAAAACAUCAUUGUAGAUUUUGUGGUCAGAUUUUUUGUUCAGAUUGUACAAUGUUUAUUUCAUAUACUCAACAUCAAGAUGAAAGAAAUAAUGUUGUUGUUAAAAAGCCUUAUAAUGAUAAACUUAGAGUUUGUAAACCAUGUUAUAGUGAUGUUAUUAUUUAUUUAAGUGAUGAUUCUUCAGGAUCAGAAUCAGAUGAUGAAAAUGAAGAAGCAAUUGAAGAUAAAUCCAAAAAUGAAGAUCUAUUGGUACCCAAUCAUCCCCUUUCGAAAAUUAGAUCAAUGUCAACUAGCUCUCAUGCAAAUAAUAAUAAUCUCCCAGAAUCAAUAAAUUCAAAACCAAGUGAGCAUGGUUCAAUCAGUGAUUCACCAUCCCGUGAUAAUACACACUUUAUUUAUCCAGAUGAAUCAAUUAAAUCUAAUCCAAAACAAGCACCUCGUAUGGCAAUUCCAACAACUAGAGCUGGUGAGUCUGUUGAAAUCCCAAUAACUAGAAAUUCAAUAAGUAAUGGUAAUCUCAUGAGACAUCCUAUUAAUAAAUAUAGUUCAAGCUUUAAAGUGGAUACUUUAGCACAUAGAAAUUUGCCACAAUCUAAUCAUGGGUCAGUAGUACCUGUGACUCCAAUUAAUCAUCAUUUAAAUCAAAUUCAUACAUUUGGAUCCUCGAGAAAAUUAAAUACUAGUUCAUCAGGUGGUAACAAACAAGAUCUCACAAUUAAUCAUAGUUUUGAAAAUAUAAACUCCUUUUACAAUAAUUAUAUGUCUAGAAAGCCAUCAUUUAAAUUAAGAUCUGCGUCGGAGAAAAGACGAAGUCAAAACGAACCAUUUACAAAUCAUGGAAUCGAGGAUGACGAAGCUGAUGUUGAAGAUUCAAGCUCAACUACAGAUAGUGAGAAUGAAAAUGUCAAUGAAUCUAGAGGCAGACAUUUUGAUCAAAGUGACGAAGAAGAUGAAAGAGCGAUGUCAUUAUAUUCUUCCCUUAAUGAUAAAAAUUAUUAUUCAUCAACACCAAUUGGAUCAAAUGCAAGUCGUUUAUAUAAUUCAACACUAACAGUUCCUACAUUAGGAGAAUUUCCAUCUAUCAAAACAAAAUUUCUGGAUUCUAGAGGUGCAACUACUCAAAAUCCAAAUAUGUUUAUGGGAAAUAAUGUAGGUUUUACAAAUUCAGCAGCAAGACCGGAGACAUUAAGAUCAAAAGCGAGAGCAAAUGCUUCUUUACAACGUAUGAGGUCUAGAAGACAAAGUAAAGCAACUAGAAAUGUUCUGAUAUUAACUCAAAACAUUUAUAGACUACCUAGUUUAGAAUCACCAACUCCAAGAAAUCAUACGAUAGGCACAAAUUUAUCAACAAUUUCAUCACCUUCUUCACCUGUACCUGAAAGACCAACAAGAUCAAAUUUAACAACUGCUAUUACGAAAAAUGAAGCUGAAAUAGAUUCAGAGAUUAAUAGUGAAGAGUCUGGUCCAUCAGAUUCGGAAUUGUCACCAAUUGGACCAAGGAUAUCUACAAGUACUGCAUUAGAUGCUAAACAAAGCAAUAAUAAUGACAAUGAUAUGGACUAUUUUUCUUACCAACACUCAAACAGUUUAGUGAAAUAUGAUGAAAAUCUAGUGAAACCUGCGGCUAAUCAAAAUAAUCUUUAUAAUGAUCAUUUCAACGAUUUGCUUAAACAAUCUUUGCAUGAUUGUAAUGUAACGGAAAAUUUUGAUGAUUGGGUGAAUGUACUUACAGAUGUUUUACAAUCAAUUAAUGAUAUAAAAGUUACUGACACUUUAGACAUUCGUCAAUAUGUGAAGAUAAAGAAAAUUUUAGGUGGUACGAUUGAUCAAACUGAAGUAAUUAAUGGAUUAUUUAUGACGAAUGACGUUGACUCUAAAAAAAUGGCUUCUGAAAUAAAAACUCCAAGAAUUGCAUUACUUAUGUUUCCAAUUGAAUAUUUGAAACAAAAAGAACAAUUUAUAAGCUUAAGAAUCAUCCAUGCACAACAAUCAGUGUAUAUCACGAAUUUGGUAUCGAAAUUGGUUUCUUUAGAACCUGACGUUGUUGUUGUAGGAGAUACUGUUUGUGGUUUAGCUGAGAAAUUAUUAGAAGAUGCCGGCAUUGCUACCAUUUCCAAUGUUAAACCUCAAGUGAUUGAACGUAUAUCGAGAUAUACUAAUGCCGAUAUUUUUCAAUCUGUUAAUGAUUUAUUUUUCAAGAAAGGCAAUUUAGGUGUAUGUGAUGAAUUUAAAGUUAGAAGAUUUAAAUAUGGAAAUAAAAUUAAAACUUUUACUUUCUUCACUGGAACAAAUAAACAAAUGGGUUUUACAAUUUCUUUAAGAGGUGGUAAUGAAGAAUUAUUGGAAAGUAUUAAGUAUUCUGCGGAAACAUUAAUGACUGGAUAUUUAAAUGCAAGAUUUGAAAAAAGUUUAUUUAGUAAUAUGCUUUUAACAUCAAUAAAAGCAGCAAAAGGAAAAGAAUUGGUUGAAAUCAAUAACAAAACUGAGGCUAUACAAAGUGAUGAUCAAUGGCAAUUGAUAGAACCAAAAUUAGAUCGCAACGAAGUUAUUGAUUUUUUGAACUCUUUCAACACGAGAAAGAUUAGUUCAUCUCCAUGUGUUCAAUUCAAUCUUCCAACUCCUUUAGUGAAUGUCAUUGAAGCAUACGUCAAAUAUUUCAAUUAUUACAAAAUCAAUUCAAUCAUUAGAAAUGUUUCUACAGUGGAUAAACUAAAUCCCGCAUGGAAAGAUCAAUUAAAAAUAACUUAUGAAGUGGAUGAUUUACCAUCAAAAGAAGUUGAUUUGUUAAGAAUAAUGAAAUGCUCAAGUGCAAAUUAUUUAAAUUUCCUACUAUCAGAUUUUCAACUACGAUCUCGUAUUUGGUCCAAUUGUUUAAAAUACACCUCAUAUCAAUUAUACCCAAUUUUUCAUCGAAAUAUUCAUCUUUUACAUUCAAUUAUUUCAAUAAAACAUGCAACACCAUGUACUGGACCAAAUAUAGUAGUUGUUGAUUAUUAUACCGAAAAUGAUAAAUGUUUGGGGCUAUUUUUGGAUCAAGUAUUUUAUGAUAGUCAAAAAACAUGUAAUGAAUGUGGAGAAUUAUUAUUGGAUCAUUAUAAAAAUUAUGUUCAUGGUAAUGCUAAAGUAGAUUUAAUAACUGAAAAAUACGAUAUUAGAUUUAAUAGUUCUCAUGGUGAUGAAUAUCAGGGAAAAAAUCAAAGAGUAAUGUGGAGUUAUUGCAAAGAAUGUAAUUACAUAACCCCAAUCAUGGCUAUGAGUGAUGAUACCUAUUAUAUGUCGAUUGGUAAAUAUUUUGAAUUGAUUUUUUAUGGACAAGAUACCCAUGGUGGUUGUCAGCAUGAUUUUUUCAAAUCAUAUGUCAAAUGUUUUGCAUUUAAUGAUUUAGUCAUAAGAUUGGAAUAUUCAAAAAUUGAUACUUAUGAAAUUAUAGUACCUAAGAAGCAAUUAGAGUUUAUUUCUGACAUUGACAUUGAUUUGAAAUUAGAAUCAUUCAGAGCUCUCAAACUAAAAUCUCAAUCAUUUUUUAAUUCAAUUAUGAAAAGAUUAAAUAGAGUUAAAUUAGAUACUUUUGUCAAAGCAAAGGACGGAAAUAAAAGAAUUGGAGAGUUGAAAGAGAAAUUAGAAAAUGACUCCAAACAAAUUCAUCAAAAAUUACAAAGCAUUUAUGAGGAUACUAAAGUUACCAAUUACUUAUCUUUGAAUGUGAUGUACAAGGAUUUGCAAAAGCUAGGAAUAUCUUGGGAUAAUGAGUUUCAAGAAUUUGAAAAAAAGUAUUUACCAAGUGAAAAUGAAGUGAAGAAAAUUACUCAAUUCCACUUACGAAAGUUUUUAAUGGACAAAUAUGUUGAUGACAAGGAAAACUCAGAUGAAGCUGAGGAGGAUCACAAAGAGAAAAAAUUAGAUCAGGACAUAUGUGACACUGAGGAAAAUAUAGAUGAGCAAAAUGGUGAAGAGCAAAAUGGACCGAUUGCUGAAGAUGUAACUGCAACUAAAGACGAUGAUGAAGCGGAGACGAAUGAAAAUCAGAAACUACUCGAACUUCCAGAAUUUGUUCCACGUAAACCAAGGGAACUGUCAGAAGCAAGACAUUCUGAUUCAUCGGUAGAGUCAAAAAUGUUUCCAGCUAGUUCAUUGUACGAACAAAAUUCAAAAAUUUCAGAUAGAAUUCAUAAAUGGGAACAAAGUGCUAAUGAUGUUGCUCAUAGUGGUAACACUUCUUCAACGGAAAUAAUUCCAUUGAGUCAUAGAGGAUCAGAUAGUUCAUUGAAGUCAAUAAAUACAGUUAUACCGUCUCAGAACAAAGUCAUUCAUUUAGCAAACUUUUUUGACAAGAUGUACUAUGAUCAAAUUUCAUUAGAAUUUUCAAAACAGAGAGAGCUUGAAUUGAAAAAGAAAUCUAAACUCAAAGCACAACCUAUACUUGAUAGUAAACCGAUUGUUGAAAUUUAUAAUAAAAUUGAAGAUGUUGUUGGUGGAUCACAAAUUCCUCAAACGGAAAAUAAGAGUACUACCAACGUAGAACCAAGGAAAUCAAUGGAAGGGGAUUUACCUCCGCUGGAAGAGAAGAACGUUUCCGAUAUUGGAACUGCGAAGCAAUUAGAUAUUCCUGAAAAACAAUCAUUGUUGAAAUCGUUAACAAACUUCUGGGCUGACAGAUCUGCUACAUUAUGGGAUCCAUUAGCUUAUCCACUAGAAGCACACGAACACACAUUUGCAGAUUCCGACGUUGUAGUUAGAGAAGACGAACCAAGUUCACUAGUUGCUUUUUGUUUAAGUUCCAACGAUUAUAAACAAAAAAUCAAAACUUCAUUUGUUAAAAGUAAUGACUUAUCAUCCACUACUGGUAGUGGGAACGAAUCGGAAAAUACAUACACAUCUUCGUCUACGAGAGUCAAAUCAGAUGCUAAUGCGACACGUGCAGGACCAUUAAAGAAGAAUAAUUCAAGAAACUUAAAUCAAGUAGUUGAAGAAAUAGAAACUGAGGAUACAGAUGAAGAUGACGACAAAACAGAUGAUGCUGGAAACUCAAAAUCAGAUCAGGAUAAACAACAAGAGAAUCUUAGAAAAGAAUUUUCUUUCGGUUUAAGUUCAAGCAAUGAGAAAAAAGCUCAACAAUUUAGUAAAAUUGAAAGGAAAUUCAAAACCAAGAGAAGCUCCAACAAAGAUGGUACUAAACAGAAUCAAGUUGAAUUUAUAUUGAAUAAGAAAAAAUCCAAUCAUUUAAAAUAUCAAUUUUUUGACGGACAAACUAAUUUAUCAUGCAAAAUAUUUUAUAGUGAACAAUUUGAAGCUUUGAGAGAGAUUUGUGGAGUGAACGAUAAUUUCAUUCAAUCUUUGAGUAGAUGUAUCAAAUGGCAAUCAAGUGGUGGUAAAAGUGGUUCAAGUUUUUUGAAAACUUUGGAUAAUAGGUAUAUCGUCAAAGAGCUAAGCAAGAGCGAAUUAGAAUCAUUUGUAUCGAUAGCUCCAUUUUAUUUCAAAUAUAUUAAUCAAUCGAUGUUUUAUACAUUAACGACAGCUAUAGCCAAAAUAUUCGGAUUUUAUCAAGUUGAAAUCAAGGCCAGCAAUGGGAAAAUUUUUAAAAUGGAUUUUUUGAUCAUGGAAAAUUUAUUUUAUAAUCAUAAGACUACAAGAAUAUUCGAUUUGAAAGGUUCGAUGAGAAAUAGACAUGUACAACAAACUGGUCAAGAAAAUGAAGUAUUAUUAGAUGAAAAUAUGAUUGAAUACAUUUACGAAUCACCUGUAUUUGUAAAAGAACAGCUGAAAAAAUUAUUACGUGGUUGCUUGUUUAAUGAUACUUCGUUUCUUUCAGCAAUGGAUGUUAUGGAUUAUUCGUUAGUUAUUGGAAUUGAUGAUAUGCUGAAAAAAUUGUAUAUUGGUAUAAUUGACUGGUUAAGAACUUUUACAUGGGAUAAAAAAGUCGAGAAUUGGGUCAAGGGUAAUAAUUUAUUGGGUGUUGGAGGUAAUAAAAAAGGUAAAGAUCCAACAAUUGUAACUCCGAAACAAUAUAGAAUCAGAUUUAGAGAAGCUAUGGAGAGGUAUAUAUUGGAAGUCCCUGAUAUUUGGUACGAAGGUAAAUAA